CGCCAUGUUCGCCGUGAAGCCCAAAGCCGUCAUCGGCUUCAACCUCUACUGCGGCGGCUCCCCGGGGCUGGGCCCCGCCGGGCCGGGGGAGCGCCCGGGCCCCGCCGCCGCCGCCGCCGCCGCCUCAGAGCCGGCCCGCGAGCGCUCCGGGGCCGCCGCCGGCCGCGCCGACCCCCCCCGCGCGCUGAUUGGCCGGGGCGCGGCGCCGCGCGCGCUGAUUGGCUGCGGCGCGACUCUCUGGCGCCCCGAGGAGGAGCUGGACGGCUGCGAGCCCGAGCCCGAGCCCGAGCGCGGCCCCGCCGCCGAUUCCCUGCCCGGGACCCCCCCGGGACCCCCCGAUGGGCUCCGGCAGGACUCGCUGGAGCUCAUCAGCCGCUACCUGCGGGAGGUGGCGGGAGAGGAGCAGCCCAGCAGCAAGAAACUUUUUCCGGGACUCCUGGGUGGUCCCGGCCGGCCCGGCGCGGCGGGGGAUGCGGUGAUGGAGAAGGCGCUGGAGACGCUGCGGAGGGUCGGUGAUGGAGUCAUGGAGAAACACGAGCUCGCCUUUCAAGGAAUGCUGAGGAAGCUGGAAAUCCAGCAAGAGGAGGACCUGCAGUCGGUGGUGGAGGUGGCUGCCCACUUGUUCAGUGAUGGGGUGACCAACUGGGGCCGUGUGGUGACACUCAUUGCCUUCGGAGCCUUCGUGGCCAAGCACCUGAAGAGCAUCAAGCAGGAGCAGAGCAUCAGUUCCCUGGCUGGGAUCAUCACGGAUGCCCUGGUCUCGUCCAAACGCCAGUGGCUGGAGAGCCAGGGGGGCUGGGUGGGCUUUGUGGACUUUUUCCGAGUGGAGGAUCUGGAGGGGAGCAUCCGGAACGUGCUGAUGGCGUUUGCAGGAGUGGCCGGCCUGGGGGCCAGCUUGGCCUACAUGAUCCGGUGAGGCUGGAGCUGCCCAGGACCAGGACUUUGGGAGGGCUGGCACCCCUGGGGCUGCAGAACUGCCCCACUCCCUCAGAGAGUGCUGCUGGAGCUGGACUCGAGUGACCCGAGGAGGACCUGGAGGUGUCCCCGGAGCAGCUCGUUCCUGAGGAAGAGGAAGGUGUGAUCCCAGGUUGUGGGUGCUGAUGGAGGAUUUGCUGCUUUGGGAAGCUGAGCUGUUACUCUGCCUCCUUCGAGAGGAUGGUGCUGGGGAGCUCAAGUGGGACUUGCUUCACUUGGAUCCUGGAGGAUCUAAGCUCCAGCAGCUCCUGCCUGGACUGAGGCUCCUGGGCUGGGCGAGGCAGCUGAGCCCGGAGCAGAUGUUUGAGGGUUGUGGUUGUGGGUUUUUUUUCUGGAAAUAGCACCUUCUGCUGCCGCUGCCCUGCCUAAACUUGCAGCUCUGUUGCUGGAGCAGAAGCGCUGGAUGCUGGAAAUGUUGUGCCAGCCUGCAGCUGUCCCCAGGUGCUGCCAGCGGGGUCUGCGAGUGGCAGAGCUGUGCCAGACCUG